AUGGAAGAACAAGACCUCAGGAUUGUCAGAAGAGCAGUGAAUGGCAUUUUAAGCGAGGUAACUUAACGUUAUUUUCUUUAUUUUGUGUUUAGUUUGAUUAUAAGACCAACGAACUGAAUCAAAGGUCCAUCAAGGAGAUAACGAGUGUGAUCAAGAAGAAUGACGGUGUUAUUUUUGGCUUCUGUGUUCAAAUCUUUGAAGAACUCAACAAAAAAGAUUGUGAUCGAAGGUUGGGGAUGGUGUUGAUCACGGAUUACUUCUUUCAACGGUCUCACAAGUUCAGACUGGAGAUAAUCAAGCAUCUACAAGACUUUAUGAUGCUUAGUUUGGAGACGGAUGCAGUUAGAUGUCCAUUACCGGAUCCGGUAUCAGCAGCCAGGAAUUUGAAAAAGUGGUCGUUAAAGAUUGUGAAGGGAUGGAUUGAGAAGUUCGGUGCAGGAUACGUUAAAUUGAAGGGUGCUGAACAGUAUUUGAAGAACAAUAAGAAUUUUGACUUCCAGGCGUCUGGCGCGGAGCUUUUGGUAUGUUUUUGAAUUUUGUGCUUUGUUUUUAGGUAUAGUGAAGCAAAAUGUUCAUCACUUGAAAACUAGUUGAUGUAUCUUGGUGAUUAUUGUUUUUUGGUAUGUAUAACAGAAUUUAUUUAUUGUAGACAAAGGUUUGGAUCAAUUUAUAAACUUGUUUUUGAGAUAAAUCAAAUUUUAUAUUGUUAUACUUAAUAAUCAACCACCUUGUUUUAGAUUGAACGCCAACGUACAGAAGAAGACAAUUUUAAACAAAGAGUGAAUGCAAAAAAGUGUGGAGAAGCUAUUCAACAGGUUUUGAAUGAAAGUCGACCAGAUAUUCUACGAACUUUGCUGGAAUGUCGGAAUUCAAUUGAUCUUCUCUAUCCAGACAUAUUUGAACAAAAUUCUACUGAUAAGCCCACUAGUUCAAAAGAUUUGACACCUGCCGAGUUUCAAAAGCUGCAUGGAUACAAGCCUAAUACUGAUGUUGAAGUUGUGAUACGAUCAGGUUUGUUACCUUUUCGAAACAAUUGAUCUUAACGAUGUUAACCAUGAUGACUUUGGUAUUUGGGUUUCAAACGGGUAUUUUAAAGCGGAAUUGAAGGAUUAAAAGCUAAAUUUUUAAUUAUUAGGUAACAUAGUGAUAGAAGAAAACGAGGACAACAAAGAUUUGGUCAAUGCUUUACAAGACGCAGCGAUAUUACUCAAGAAGUCGAUGUCAACAUUGCAGAAAUGGCUGAAACGGCUGGUUCAAGUUGGUGGAGACCAGAAUCAAGCUUUAGUUAAGGAAAUUGUGGAGCUAAAAGGCUCCUUGCAACGCGAAUUGAAUCGAUGUGAUCAAUUAAAGAUUGUGAAGGCGGAUUCUGAUGAGGACGACGAAUCCGAUGGGUUCGUGGAUGUUGAGGAUGAUGAAGCUGCUUUGUUGGGUUUUGAUGUAAGUAGUGGGGUAUAUUUUUGUUUUUGUGUUCGUAUUGCAAUAUUAUUCAUGUUAGUAACAAAAAAUUUUCAAAAAUUCAAGUUUUUUUAUAUUUUUUAAACUUUUGGGCAUCAGGUGGCUACUACAAUAUAAUUUUUUAAAAACUAAUGAAAACUUUUACUGUUUGGCCAAUUUUAUGUAAUUUCCUGUUCGAGUAGAAUCUAGACUACAUUUUACAGGCAGAUGAGCUACCACCAACAUCAAAUUUGGCAGAAGUGGAUGAUCAGAAACCAUCUACUUCAAUGUUACCUUCAUCAUCUUCAGAAGGCCAUAACAAUGUCAAAAAUGGUCAAAACGAUGAUGAUCUUGAACAAAAACCUUCAACAUCAUUAGAACUUGAUGAUGAAAAACCGUUAAAUUUAAAAUCCACCCCCAAAACGGCAAAAACUUUAAAAUCCCUGCCCAAGGACGAUAUUCCAAGAGUUCGUUUCGGCUUGGACCUCAAAUAUUGGGGCCAAAAAGUGGAGCCAGCUUCAGUGGAUCGAAAUAUAUUCGAUGGCCAUCGAUUCUGGAAAGGCUAUGACCCAGGAAGUGACACAGCCAAAGAAGCCGAGGAGAUAUACACGGAACGAGAGAUAUUAUUCAUUGGGAAACGACCCGAAAUCAAGAAAAGCUGUCGAUUUCCAAUGGAAAACGGGAAACUUUGUCCGCGAAUGGACCUGGAGCGGUGUCCUUUUCAUGGUCCUAUUGUGGAACGAGAUGAGAUGGGCUUUCCUGUUCAUGAGUUGGGUAGAACGUAG